ACCCAUGUUUGCUCCCCGCAGAAUAGGCGCGCAAUUCAAAUUAGAUUUCCAGCUGACUGAGCUGGUAGAGAAUACCCAAGUUUGACUUGGGUGAGCGCAAAUCUAUAAUCUGUAAGUUGUGUGCUGUUCAACGUUUCCAAGCCGUCGCUAAUGCACAGCUGCAAUAGUCACCAGCAUACAAUUGUGGCACUGAUAAGCUCAAGAUUAAAUUUUAAUGCGAUUCAGUUUCUGCGCAUUCAGAGGGCACCGUCCAUCGUUUGGAAAUGACGCGUGACGGAUCACAAGAGGCUUAUCAACUUGGCAUUUUUCUGGUGUUUCCGAGAGCCGAAAGCUUUAAAGCGCGAAUUCCGAGCGACAAGUGCACAAACAAAUAGACUGCUGUAAAUAAACAAGCGGGGAAAGAUUUGACUGACUUGCAAAAAUUUUGAUUUUACUCUUUCUUUAUCUUUUUUUGCUGCUCCCGAACCGGUUGACGCAAACAUAUUUGAAUAUCUCGCCUGAAAUCCUUAUAAAUCAAGCGAUUCGGAAACCGGUUCGUUUCAAUCGGUUCCAUAAUGCGCGCGCUGCAAAAAAGAAAACAAGAAAUAUAUAGAAUUCGCUUCCUCCAAAUAGUUUGCCUACGUAAGUAGGUUGGCUCUCAUUUUGUGAUACGAGGAGUAGAGUGUGUGAACUCGGCUGUUUUCUGCCCGAGCGUGUGAGAGCGGGCCACCACCAAAAGCGGCGGUCUGCUGUAUUUUUGUUAUUUCCCAAACGACGCUCCAAGCAAACGGAACAGUCGGGCAGCAGCGGAGAGACCGUAUAGAAAUUCGUGAGAAAAGAAAUAAAAGGAGCCAGCCCCCCAACAGUACGAAAAAGCACGCGCGUCAUCGUAAAAACGUGGUACGAAAUCUAAGAACACCAACGUAAUAGCGGCCAAAUUAUAUAAAACCAAGAACCCCUCUACCAUGACCGAUGUCAGUGCAAAUAGUCUGGAUUUAUCAGUGGAUGUGGUUUGGCCCACCAUUAUCGUCUUUGUUAUGCUUGUGAUAAACAGCUUCGUUUUCGCCUACAUCAUGCGAAAGCGACGGGAGUACAAGAAUCAGGAGGAACAACCUGUUCCACACCCAUCCUAUGCGGCUACCAGUGAAGUGGCCACUACUGCACCUACGGAUCAGGAGGGCGAUGACUGUGCCAUCGAGAUGGAGCGACUUUAGGAUUAGCACUUGCAUUAGCUAUAGCUGCCAGAUACUCACCAAUCGUCCAUGCUCACAUCUGCAACUGCAAGAUUCCUAAGUUCUCCAGAUGCCUGGCCAAAAUCUUGCUUACUCUAGAGAUAGAUAUACAAAAAUGUAUACGCGUCGAGUGCCUGUAUCGCACGUGCAUUUAAUUAUGGUUUUUAAGUUUUUCACUCUUUUUUGCCAUUUAUUUUCUACAAAAGUAUACAAUAAUAAAACGUGUGAAUUUUAUCAUGCCAUAUCGAAAA